GAGCUUAUUUUCUUCUGUUCCAGAGACAGCAGGCUUCCCAUUGGCAUCCUCUUCCUCAACACACACACACGCUCCGGAGUGUCACACACUCUCUAACUCACUCACACACACACACACACACACACACACACACACACACACACACACACACACACACACACACACACACACCACCACCACCACCACCACCACCUGGAUCCAGCAUGGCAACCAUCACCUGCACUCGCUUCACAGAGGAAUACCAGCUCUAUGAAGAACUGGGCAAGGGAGCGUUUUCGGUGGUGCGCAGGUGUGUGAAAAUCCUCUCAGGGCAGGAAUACGCUGCAAAGAUCAUCAACACCAAGAAGCUCUCGGCUAGAGAUCACCAGAAGCUGGACAGAGAGGCUCGGAUUUGUCGACUGCUCAAACACCCAAACAUUGUGCGGCUCCAUGACAGCAUCUCAGAGGAAGCACAUCAUUACCUCAUCUUUGACCUUGUGACGGGUGGUGAGCUGUUCGAGGACAUUGUGGCCAGAGAAUAUUACAGUGAGGCAGACGCCAGUCACUGUAUUCAGCAGAUUCUGGAGGCGGUGCUUCACUGUCAUCAGAUGGGCGUCGUUCACAGAGAUCUGAAGCCAGAGAACCUCCUUCUGGCCUCCAAGUCCAAAGGUGCAGCGGUGAAGUUAGCAGAUUUCGGACUGGCGAUUGAAGUGGAAGGAGAACAGCAGGCGUGGUUCGGCUUCGCUGGAACUCCUGGUUAUCUCUCACCUGAAGUGUUACGGAAAGAUCCAUAUGGGAAAGCUGUGGACCUGUGGGCCUGUGGUGUGAUUCUGUACAUUCUGCUGGUUGGAUAUCCACCGUUCUGGGAUGAAGAUCAGCAUCGACUCUAUCAGCAGAUCAAAGCUGGAGCUUAUGAUUUUCCUUCUCCUGAGUGGGACACGGUCACUCCUGAAGCUAAAGAUCUCAUUAACAAGAUGCUGACCAUCAAUCCAGCCAAGAGAAUCAUGGCAGCUGAGGCUCUGAAGCACCCCUGGAUCUCUCACCGCUCCACCGUGGCCUCCUGCAUGCACAGACAGGAAACUGUGGAGUGUCUGAAGAAGUUCAACGCUCGCCGGAAGCUGAAGGGUGCGAUUCUCACCACCAUGCUCGCCACCAGAAACUUCUCAGGAGGGAAGAGUGGAGCCAGCAAGAAGACGGAUGGAGUGAAGGAAUCUUCAGAGAGCUCAAACACCACUAUUGAGGAUGAAGACACCAGGGUGAGGAAACAGGAGAUCAUUAAAGUGACUGAGCAGCUUAUUGAGGCCAUCAGCAAUGGAGACUUUGAGAGUUACACGAAGAUGUGUGAUCCCAGUGUAACCGCCUUUGAGCCUGAAGCGUUGGGGAAUCUGGUGGAGGGUCUCGACUUCCAUCGCUUCUACUUUGAGAAUUUAUGGUCUAAAAACAGUAAGCCGGUCCACACCACUAUCCUGAACCCUCACAUCCACCUGAUUGGAGACGAGGCUGCAUGUAUCGCUUACAUCCGCAUCACGCAGUUUAUUGAUGCUAACGGAACACCGCGCUCCGCUCAGGCCGAGGAAUCUCGCGUGUGGCACCGACGUGAUGGGAAAUGGCAGAUCGUCCACUUUCACCGCUCUGGAGCGCCCUCUACCAUCACCAAUUGAUUAGUUGGUCUUACUGGAGUGUGAUCCGUCCUGGUGGUCCUGCUGUUCUGCAAGCUGAUUGGACACUGCGGAAGCUGCCUGACUACCCACAAUCCAUUGCUUCCCAUCUUACAUCCAGCAUCCAGACUUGAGUUCAUUUCUCUUUCACACACACACACACACACACACACACACACACACACACACACACACACACACACACACACACACACACACACACACAUUUUCCUUCAUCACACACAUUAUGGGUCAUUUUAGUUUUCCGUGGAUUUCCCUGGAAUGUUAUUCUCGGAAUGUUUACAGGACAUCAGGGCAGCAUGUGACUGUAAGUUAUAGUUUGUUUAUACCAUAAAUAAUUCACUGAAUUAUAAAACAACUUGUUUGCUGAAAGACUGAAUGACUUCUCAGAAAGAAACACAAAUCAUUUUCAUUUUUUUCCUAUAAUAAAUUCUACAAUAUUAUUAACAACAACACGAAACUUUAAUGUGAAUCGUAACGUUCAGUCAGGGGUCAGGGGUCAGGGGUCAGGUCCACAUUCAGUGUUCAGUUUUAUAUAGAUGACUUUUGUUCCUCAUUCUGAAACUAAAUAAGAGUGUUAAUGAGCUGAGAGUGUUAAUGAACUGAGAGUGUUAAUGAGCUGAGAGUGUUAAUGAACAAGCUGAAAGGACAAUAAACACAAACACACAAACAGGAGCAUGGACUAAAACAGACACUAGGAGGUAAACACAACAAACAAACAAACAAACAAACAAACAAACAAGCAAACAAACAUAA